CCCAAAAACCUCCUCACAGGGUAACGACAAAGGUGCAACGACUGCUGCUGUGAAGCCUGGAAAACCGAAAUUUAACCACUGGUGAGGAUCCGGAUCCAACGGAAGCGCCAAUGAGAAAGGGUAACGACAAAGGUGCAGUGACUGCGGCUGCGAAGCCUGGAAAACCGAUCGUUGCUCGCAACCCAGCACCUGCUAGAAGCACAGCAAGGCCUAGGCCUACUAACACCUCAACAGCUAAGCGUGGCGUGACCAGCGCUUCUGAUGGCCCCAAAAAGAUGGACGCAUCUACCACCAUACUGCGCCUACAGCAGGAGAAGCGAGACCUGCUGCAGACAAACAUCGACCUGCAGAGCCAGCUAAGUGACUCCAGGGACGAAGUGGCCAAGGCCAAGCUUCACAUCGACCGUAUCCAGAAGGAAUUGGAUGUGCACGAAAAAAAAAUGGAAAAGAUUACAGAAAAAAUAACCAGGUACAUGUCACUGGUGACGUCACAGGAUCUGAAACUUUUGAAGAAGGAGAGACAUCUGAAAGAGUCGAAGGUGGGGUGUAGAGAGGGGUAG